ACAGGUCUGCACUCCGCAUCCCCUCUCAGUGCUGUGUCGAUGGUGCUGCGGAGCGGUAUGAACGUGUUCGCAUCCGAGCGCUCGCGGACGAUGUUGGUUUGAGUGAACGGAAGGUGUCAGCCAGUGGACCGCUGAGACUGUGCGCGUGUGAGGAGAAGAGUAUCGCGUUGAUGCGUGCCGGCGCGCUCUGGAUUACGUGCUGCUGGAUUACUGUGGCAGCGAACACUCGGCAGACAAUGACAGGCCGCUGGCGGUGACAGCGAACAGCGCAGCAGAGAGAACCUUGCGAUCGGAUUAACUGGCGGACGGUACCGACCAUGAAGCCUCGGAAAAACGGGGUGACCAUUGGCCUGUGGCUCGCACUGGUUGCAGCUACGAUACCAGCCGCAGUGCAAGCUUUCGUGUCCUGCUCACCAAAUCCGUGCAAGAAUGGAGCCUCCUGCGUGUCGUCCAACCCAAGCGGCGAGUCUCAUUGCAACUGUCCUCCGCUCUACGUUGGCGAGUACUGCCAGCACGCGAAUCCGUGCCACACCGGAGGCCCGGGCUUCCGCUGCCAGAACGGCGGCACGUGCAACGUGGAGAUGAGUGUCACAAACGGACCCAAGUUCUCGUGCACCUGUCCCGUGGGCUACACGGCCACCAUGUGCGAGAUCAAGGUGCCCAAUGCCUGCGACACGCAGCCCUGCAAUAACGGGGCCACGUGCCAGCUGCUCACGCUGCAAAACUACACAUGCUUGUGCGCCAACGGCUUUCGAGGCAAGUACUGCGACAAGGUGGACCACUGCGCCUCCCAGCCUUGUCUAAAUUACGGCAGUUGUCAAUCCAAGGAAGAUUCGUAUUCGUGCAUCUGUGCGCCGGGAUACAGCGGAGCCUCGUGCGCGGUCGACGUGGACGAGUGCCAAACAAGACCCUGCAUCCAUGGAAAAUGCCUCAACAACCAGGGUUCCUUCAGUUGCACUUGUGAACCCGGCUACACGGGCCAUCUCUGCGAAUCCCAGUACAUUCCGUGUGAGCCCAGCCCCUGCAUGAAUGGCGGAACCUGUCGACCCAUCGACUCCCUCAACUACCAGUGUUCGUGUCCUCCUGGCUUCACGGGGACCAACUGCGAGACGAACGUGGACGACUGUCCAGGCAACCUGUGCCAGAACGGCGCCACUUGUCUCGACGGCGUCAACUCGUACACGUGUCACUGUCCGCCCACGUACACGGGGCCGUACUGCACCAAGGACGUGGAUGAGUGCGCCAUGCGGCCCAGCGUGUGCAAGAAUGGCGCCACGUGCACCAACACGGUAGGCGGCUACUCGUGCAUCUGCGUCAAUGGCUGGACGGGCGCCGACUGCUCGGAGAAUAUUGACGAUUGCGCCGUGGCCGCGUGCUUCAACGGUGCCACGUGCCACGACCGAGUCGGCUCCUUCUACUGCCAGUGUGCGCCCGGCAAGACGGGCCUGCUGUGCCAUUUGGACGACGCGUGUGCCAGCAAUCCGUGCCACGCGGGUGCCAUCUGCGACACAAGUCCCAUCGACGGCACAUACCUCUGCUCAUGCCCCAAUGGGUUCCAGGGCGUCGACUGCACCGAGGACGUGGACGAGUGCGCUCAGGGCUUCCCUUGCGAACACCAGGGCCUCUGCGUCAACACGCCUGGCUCGUUCCGUUGCAACUGCACCCGUGGUUUCGCCGGGCCCCGAUGCGAGGUGAACAUCAACGAAUGCGACUCCAACCCCUGCCAGAACGAGGGCACCUGCCUGGACGAGCGUGGCGGCUUCCGCUGCGUCUGCAUGCCCGGCUACCGGGGUGUGCACUGUGAAGUGGACAUUGAUGAGUGCCUGCCCAACCCAUGCCUAAAUGGAGGAAUAUGCAGCGAUCGCAUCAAUGGCUUUCAAUGCCUCUGCCCUGUAGGAUUCUCAGGCAAAAAAUGUGAGACCAAUGAAGAUGACUGUUCCUCAUUUCCAUGCCGUAAUGGAGGAUCUUGCCAUGAUGGAAUCGCCAGCUACACCUGCCACUGCCCACCAGGUUUUACUGGAAGCAAUUGCGAAACUAAUAUGGAUGACUGCCAGUCCUCUCCGUGCCACCAUGGAGAUUGCAUAGAUGGCACAAAUGCAUUCACGUGUAACUGUCACCCUGGAUACACAGGCCUUCUCUGUCAAAACCAGAUCAAUGAGUGCUUAAGCAGUCCAUGUCAGCAUGGUGGCACAUGUGAAGACCUUGUAAAUGGCUACCAGUGCCGUUGUCGCCGUGGUACCUCUGGUCCAGAUUGCCAGUUCAAUGUGAAUGAAUGUUUCUCAAACCCAUGCCGAAACGGUGCAACAUGUGUGGAUGGGAUUGACUCUUACACUUGCGAAUGCCUUCCAGGAUAUGCAGGUAUUCAUUGUGAAACAGACAUCAAUGAAUGUGCCAGCAACCCUUGUGCAAAUGGAGGUGCUUGCAUUGAUCUCAUCAAUGGCUUCAAGUGCAACUGCCCUCGCGGCUACUUCGAUGCUCGUUGCCUGUCCAAUGUGAAUGAAUGUGCCAGCAACCCAUGUCAGCAUGGUGGCACCUGUGAAGAUGAAGUGAAUCAUUUUGUCUGUCACUGCCCUCCUGGCUAUGGUGGCCAUCGCUGUGAACAAGACAUCGAUGAAUGUCAAUCUAACCCGUGCCAGCAUGGAGGCAGCUGCCACGAUGCCUUGAAUAACUACUCAUGUGCCUGCAUAGAAGGCUACUCUGGGCGCAACUGUGAAACCAACCUGGAUGACUGCAGUCCGAACCCUUGUCGCAAUGGUGGAAGUUGCAUUGACUUAGUGGGCACAUUCCGCUGUGUGUGCGAAGUGCCUUUCACAGGACCGACAUGUGAGGUUGAACUGAAUCCUUGCUCGCCAAAUAAGUGCCGAAAUGGUGCACAGUGCUCACCAUCUUCAAAUUAUCUAGAUUUUGCCUGCUCUUGCAAACUUGGCUUUACAGGCAGGCUCUGUGAUGAGGACAUUGAUGAGUGUGCUGUAUCAUCACCAUGCCGCAAUGAAGCCACAUGCAUCAACACCAAUGGUUCCUACGAAUGUGCCUGCACGAAAGGCUAUGAAGGCAGGGAUUGCCUAAUCAACACUGAUGACUGUGCAUCCUAUCCAUGCCAGAAUGGAGGCACUUGCCUUGAUGGGAUAGGCCAAUACAGCUGCCUUUGUGUGGAUGGCUUUGGUGGCAAGCACUGUUCUGUAGACAUCGAUGAGUGUGCCAGCAAUCCUUGCCUCAAUGGUGCAACUUGCAAUGACUAUGUCAACAGCUAUGCCUGUGCAUGUCUUCCUGGCUUCAGUGGCACAAAUUGUCAAACAAAUGAUCAAGACUGCACUUCAAGCUCAUGUAUGAAUGGUGGAACCUGUGUCGAUGGUGUAAACAACUAUACCUGCCAGUGCAGUCCAGGCUACACAGGCUCAAACUGCCAGUACCACAUCAAUGAAUGUGACUCCCAGCCCUGUGCUCAUGGAGCCACUUGUGUCAAUCACAUUGGAUACCACACCUGUCACUGUCCGUUUGGCUACACGGGACCUCGUUGUGAGACACUAGUGGACUGGUGCGCCACUACACCAUGUCUCAAUGGAGCUACUUGUAAGCAGUCCAAUAACACAUACCGGUGCAUCUGCAAACCUGGUUGGACUGGUCUACUUUGUGAUGUAUCCAUGGUAUCAUGUGAAGAUGCCGCAUUGCAGAAAGGUAUCAAGGUAUCAGACCUGUGUGAGCAUGGCGGCAUGUGUGAAAACAUCGGGAAUAGCCAUCGCUGCCUCUGUCCUGAAAGCUAUGAAGGCAGCUACUGCCAACGCGAAGUUAAUGAAUGCCUUAGCAACCCUUGUCAAAAUGGAGCAACCUGCCAAAACCUAAUAGGCCAGUACAAAUGUGAUUGCCCAGAAGGAUUCCAGGGGCUCAACUGUGAAUACAAUAUCAAUGACUGUGACCCCAAUCCAUGUCACAAUGGAGGUACCUGCCAUGAUCUUGUUAACAAGUUUGCGUGCUCUUGCCGUCAUGGGACAGUAGGAAUCUUGUGUGAACACAAUGUCAACGAAUGCUUUGAAGGUGCCUGCCAUCAUGGUGGAACAUGCCUUGAUAGAGUUAAUGGCUACGAAUGUGAAUGCAGGCCAGGAUACGUGGGACCACGGUGUGAAGGAGAUGUCAAUGAGUGUCUCUCCAAGCCCUGCGAUCCAGUGGGCACACUCGACUGUGUCCAGCUAAUUGAUGACUACCGUUGUGACUGUCGCCCAGGACAUGCUGGUAGGCACUGUGAGCUUAAAGUGGACCCAUGUUCAUCAAACCCUUGUUUGAAUGGUGGUAUCUGCCAUCCUGGACCUCGUGGACCAAUGUGCAUCUGCCAAGAGGGUUUCCGUGGUGAGACUUGUGCCAACCAGAGCUGUAGUGAGAAGUGGCCAUGCCGCAAUGGAGGUCAGUGUCGGGGCCACUCUUGUGUCUGCCCCCAUAGGACAUCCGGUAGUCUGUGUGAAAUAAUUGAAGAAGAACUCAGUAAGAGUGCCUGCACAUUAGGGGCUUGCCGAAAUGGAGGAGUUUGCAGAGAAGUCACAGGUGGCAGGAUAGAGUGUGACUGCCCUGCCAGGUGGAAAGGACUACGCUGCGAAGAGUACGAUGGUGGCUACAGAGGAAGUCUGGCACCACCUGUGGAAGGCAUCUAUGACUUAUUUUUGAAAUCCCUCGAAGAGGAAAAGAAGCAGUGCACCAUGCGCCGGUGUGAAAAGAAGGCAGGCAACCGCCAUUGUGAUGAAGAGUGCAACACGUAUGCCUGUGACUUUGACGGUGGUGACUGUUCAUUAGGUAUCAACCCAUGGAUGAACUGUACUGCUGCGAUCAAAUGUUGGGAUGUGUUCAGAGAUGGCAAAUGCAACAUGGAAUGCAACAAUAUUGACUGCCUUUUUGAUGGUUUUGACUGUCAGAAGGACCUUCAACCUUGCAAUGAACACUAUGACACUUACUGCAUGAGGAACUAUGGUAAUGGAUUCUGUGACCAAGGCUGCAACAAUGAAGAAUGCAACUGGGAUGGCUUGGACUGUGAAAAAGGACCACCAUACCUUGCUGAGGGUUCCAUUGUCAUCAUGCUUUCCAUUGAGCCAGAGGUUUUCAAGAACAACACUGUAGCCUUCCUUCGUGACAUAGGACAUGCACUACGCACCAAUGUGCUGUUCAAAAAGGACCCUAAUGGUCGGGCCAUGAUUUACCCCUGGAAAGCAACAGAAGGCCAACUGCCCAACCAUUCUGUCCUUCCUGUGCCGCGCACAGGAACACUUGUGCAUCUUGAAAUUGACAAUCGUCGCUGCCUCAAGUCCCAGGGAAGUGAAUGCUUUCAAUCUGCAGCCAAGGCAGCUGAAUUCUUGGCAGCAGCACAGGCCAGACAUGCCUUAGAGACACCUUUUCAUAUCCAAGAAGUACUAGGCUCCGGUACCGAGCAGGAUGGUGCUGGAGGCGAAGGCAGCCGUACUAGUGCACUUCACAUUGUCAUCGGCCUCAUUGGUGUACUGCUAGCUGGGCUUCUUAUCGGUGUCCUCUUCACCACCCAGAAGAAACGUGCCCGGGGUAUUACGUGGUUUCCCGAGGGAUUUCUGAGCACCAGCAGUGGCCAGAGACGCCGCUCAAGGCGCAAGGGUCCUGAUGGGCAAGAGAUGAGAGUUGCUCAAGCAAAUGGUGAUGGACCCCCAGAGGCAUGGAGCGAUGAUGAGGGGGAGCGACCUCCUGCAAAGCGUGCACGAGGCUCGCCAGACUCUGGAUGCGGGGACACAGUUGUCUCGGACUACGAGGAUGAACGGGACCCUCGACCAUGGACCCAGCAACAUUUGGAUGCUGCAGACGUGCGUCUGCCUGAAGUGUUGCAAGCACUCACCCCACCACAAGGCAGUGAUCUCGACCACAAUGUUGACGUCAGAGGACCUGGUGGCCUGACGCCUUUGAUGCUUGCUUCAUUUCGUGGUGGUGGUGUGGAUACUGGGGAAGAGCCAGGAGAAGAGGACACUGGAUCUGCCAAUAUGAUUCAGGACCUUUUAAUGCAAGGUGCCCAGCUUGGCAGUACUACUGAAAAGACUGGCGAAACAUCGUUGCACCUUGCUGCUCGCUACGCCCGGGCAGACGCUGCCAAACGACUUCUUGAUGCUGGAGCUGAUGCCAAUGCUCAGGACAGUUCCGGCAGGACACCGCUUCAUGCAGCUAUUGCAGCUGAUGCUGUAGGAGUGUUUCAGCAGAUCCUGCUGCGAAAUCGUGCCACAAAUCUAAAUGCCAAGAUGAACAAUGGGAUGACUCCACUUAUUCUUUCCAUUCGCCUUGCUAUGGAGGGCAUGGCAGAAGACCUAAUCAAUGCAGAAGCAGACGUCAAUGCAGCAGAUUCUGACUCGCGUACACCACUUCACUGGGCAGCCGCUGUCAAUGAUGUUGCUUCAGUCCGUAUGCUUUUGGCUCAUGGUGCCAACCGUGAUGCUCAAGAUGUGCAUGAAGAGACUCCUCUGUUCCUUGCGGCACGUGAAGGAAGCUUGCAAGCUGUGCAGGCAUUGCUUGACCAUGGAGCCAAUCGAGACAUCACCAACCACAUGGACAGGCGGCCGCGUGAUGUUGCUCGUGAUCGCAUGCACCUCGAUAUUGUCGACCUGCUGGACAAGUAUGUGCCAAGCCCCCAUAUUUCAGGGCUCUCCAGCCCACCAAUCCUACUGUCUAGCCCAACAGUCAUUGGGUCCACUAAAUCUGCCAAGGGCAAGCGACGGCAGCCACAGGCCAAGAAUGGUGCCAGUGCCCUGCAGCAACUUGACAUGUCAGCCACAUCCCCCAAAACUGACACUGCUGCGGUUGCUGUUCCAAAGAGGAGGACACCAUCUAUUAAGAAGUGUAGGGAUCCGCCUCCAUUGCCAGACAUUGCACACUCGCUUGACUCGCCUCACGAGUCACCAGGAGGCCCUUUGUUCUUGCCUCAAGAGGCUGUGGCCACCUUUACCAAACAACCACCAUGCUACGAGGAUUGUGUGGGGCCUGUCUAUGCUGGAGUGUACGAUCUACAAGCCUAUGCUAACACAGGUCCUGCUGCCAUGUCACAGCAACAACAGCAGCAGCAGCAACAGCAGCAACAGCAGCAUCAACGCCAGACCUCUGUGCCCUCCAGCAUGAGCAGCUAUAGCAUGGCAUCUUCACCUGCCAAGCAGAGACCCUCACUUCCAACAUCGCCAACUCACAUGGCUGCCAUGCGAGCUGCGCACCAGCACAAGUUGCAGCAAGGGGGACCAACAUAUGACUACCCGGUACAGCCAGCCUACUACCACUACCCUACGCCACCAUCUCAGCACAGCCAUGGCAGUGGGGCUGAGGUCACACCUCAGCACUAUCUUCACCCUGGUGAGACCUACCUGACGCCAUCACCCGAGUCACCAGGCCAGUGGUCGAGUUCUUCACCCCAUUCAGCACAGUCUGACUGGUCAGAAGGCAUUUCCAGUCCCUUGGGACAGGCACUGGGUGGAUCAGCCGACUCCAAGCAGCAAACUAUGCAGCAGCCUGGACUGACUCACACUGACUCUGUAUUUAUCUAAGCCACUGUGCAGUGCAGACUGAAAAUAUAUAUAUAUAUUGUGGGAGGUGGACUACUCAACUUAGCUUCCCAAGGACACCAUGUGUGUUGUGCUCUUCAGUGAAAAACUGACCCGCUGAACAUUUUUCUGGUGGACUACUUGCAGAUGCUCACAAAGAUGCCAUGUACACAGGUUUUAUUUUUUUAAUUUGUAGGUUUAUAGAUUCGCUAUGAAUAGAAAUGCCCAGUCGUGUCACACCACAUACAUGUUGGAGAAAUGCUCUUGCUUGCUAAUUAAUUUGAUGAAAGUCAGAAGCACACUUCAGGCAGCGAGUGCCAUGGGCAUGAGGUAGCUCUGUCCCAAUACAUUUUAACAUAGUCAGCCUCCAACAUGUGUGUUGCAAUCAUGUACUGAAGUUCUGUGUGUAUGGCACAGCUGAAUUUGAGAUCAGAGGGCUAUUUUUAUACUUGUCGCUCACAACAUGUUUAAAAGGAAAGCUGGUGGGUAUGUUUUUAUCUAGCAGCACAGAACAUUAUUUAUAGUAAACCUGUUUUGCAGCUUUGCCUAUCUCUCAUCCUCAAAAGGGCUGAUUAACUUACAUGCACAGCAUCAUCACUUUCAUUUAACUAGGACCUAUUUUCUUAUGGGGUCUGUGUUUCUGAGGAGUUUUGUUCACUUGCCCUAUCAGUCAUCUACUCAUCUCUCAGCUUCUUGAUGUUUCAGUCCUCCUCAAUAUUGUCUUGCCACCAGAGUUGACUUUCAUGGCAUUCUUGUCAAUAUCCUCUACUCAUUAAAUGGCCAAACCAUCUCAAACUUUCCUCUUACAUUUUUGCUGCAACUUCGACCAUUCCUCUGCACCUCUUGCUGCUACUUUGACAAUACUCAGAUAUAGUCACUUAAAGCUCUCUUUUCUUGUCACUGCACAGGUAUAUCUCGGCAUCCUCAUUUCAGUCACCUUUAUUUUCCGCAUUUUUAAGCCUUCAUCAUGAUUAUUUUCAGCUGUAUACAACAAUGCUGGUCACAUUACUGUCUUGUAAACUAAGCCUGCCAACAUUUUUUGGUAUAUUCUCAUACAGAAACCCUGAAACAUCCUCUCAGUUCUUCAAUUCUGCCUAAAUUCUCCCAAUGCCUUUUGCCCUUGUUGCCUUCUUCUUUGACCCCUCAACAAAAAUACCUAAAAUGAGUGGUGCUGACCAAUUUUAAGUCUUUGCUGAAGUGAUUGUAGGCCAUGCAGUCCAUUUUGCUUCUGCUUAUCCAUAAACUGCUUCUCUCGCUUAGAUUUCCUCCAGCACUUAAACAUCACUUUAGUACUGUGUUUUGAUGCUGCACACAAGACUUGAGUUAUCUGUACAAAGAAUGUUCAAAAGUGUUUCUUCUGUACAAUACUUAAUCAAGCAAGGGGUUUAUGGCAAACCUUGGUGGAGUGCCUAUGGUCACUUCAUAGCUUUCGCUCUAACGAAGGCAGCUGGGAACCUUCAUCUUUGCUUUCUCUUGUAUUUCCUUGACAAGCAGACAUACUUCUCUGAUGACUGCCAAAUUUACCGGUACCUCUUCUUUGUUAUUUGCAGUCAGCAGUGAAGUGUGUGGUACAUUAGUCUUUAUUCUUGAAGGCUGUAUUAGUAGAUACCAGUCCAUCCAUCAUUUGCAAAGCAGCAAGUGAUUGUAUAUCUAAUGACGGUGCAUUAGAAAAUACAAUGUAGGUUCAAAUGAGUUUAUUUUGAUUUUUCUUAAGCUCGUUAUUGAGCUACCUAUGUACAGUUUCUUGAUAAGAACUAUGGUUCUAAUAAUCUAAGUCUACUGUAAUGUCAUUACACUCUAAAAAACCUAAAUGUGGGAAAAAAUCUGGAUCUUGCAAAGUGAGUCAAGAUAUUCAAAUAAAACCCACACCUGAUAAAUUAAAGAUUUAGAUUGCAUGCAAAAAUAUUUGGCAUAUUUUGAAUCAAACACCGAUUUCACAGUCACUCAAUUUGAAUUUCUUGUAGCAAACACAUACUAAGUUGCUCACAGUUACUCAAGAUUGCAAGAGUGUGUUGUGUUGACAGAAGUUUAGCUUAAGACAGACCACUAUAACUUUUUCUUUUCUAUUUUUUUUAUUACUAUCAUUUGUAAAUAAGAAUGUGAUAAUAACUGAUGGCAGCAAUUCAGAUGCUCCUUGUUACUAACAAUAUGCAGUGAAUCAGUAUUCAAAUUUUUCAACAGCUCACCAUGGUCAGCACAUAUAGGUGUGGAAGGCUUGUGAAUGUGCCGAGAAUCAUGAAAAAAGUAUAACUAUUCCUUCCAAGUAAGUAUCUUCUGUGUGUGCUGAAUCUUGCUCAAUCCUGGAGAACUGCCAGUAAGCUAUGGAUUUGUCAGAUUUAGUACUCCAAUUUUGUUUUGUCAUUGCAGCAUAUUUAUUUCACAAGAUGGGGCCAAAACAAUGUGCACUCUUGCAGCAACAACCCUCGCUACUAACUGGCAAUGCUGAUUGCUCUGUAGGCUCGUGAAAUGCUACAUUGAUUUAGAUUGCAGAAGGACACUCGGCAAAUAAUGUUGUGUUCUGUGUUGUUGUAAAUAGGUUUUUUGCUGUGCCUCUGCCUUAUUGUACGCAUUUGACUUCAUCUUAAGGCUCAUUUUGACUGUCCUGCCUAGAGAGCUUGUUGCUACUCAUUGGAAAGGCUGAAAAUGUUUUUCCACAGUGUGGAAAGCAGGCUGGGCAUGAGGAAUGCACUGUACAAUAUGUGAUGUGGGACUAUGCAAAUAUAUAUAUAUAUAUAUAUUAUAUAUAUAAAAUGUAUACAUAUGUACAAAGUCCAAGAGUGCGACAGCAUUCAGAACGAGGUGGAAACUUAGCAGUGCAUGUACAUGCAAUCCUGCCAAAUAAUGCAUAUGCAUGAUUCCUUUCAUUGCCAAUACCAGAAGAAAAAUCGUGUUCAUAGCCUGGUUGGUCAUUUUCAUAUUGUUCAGCAGAAACAUGCACAAUAAAGACAGUUCUUUGAA